CGAUAGCAUAGCAGCUUGUAGUUUUUUGUUUUGUAUUAAAAAAUAAUUGCAAAUAAAAUUUAGGGCAGGUAUUUAACUAUGGAUCUCAAGAUCUCAAUCUAAGCAAAAAGUCUAAUGAGACGUAAAAAAGAGAUUAUCAAAAUGUAUUUAUCAGUUUAGGAAAAGUGUGGAAAAUACUUCAUGCUUCCGACGCGGACGUUUAACUUGCAUUGCUUGAUUUAUUUGCGAAUAAUGUAUCAAUGCAGUAAAAUUUAUAUUGUUUUUAUCUUGAUCCCUUAACAAUACACUAAUGUUAUUACUUAUCACGUCUUCGAGAAAAAUAUUCGAUAGUCAAAACAACAUAUAAAACCGUUGAUCAUCUCAGUUCCUGCAUCAUUUGGAUCUGAACUGUAAGUAUAGCUUGCUACAAAAUAGUCUGAUUAAAUUAAAAGUCUUUGUGAAAGCAACAAUAAGUAAUACUUUAUUUCAUUCACAGGCAAUUAUGAAGUUCUUCGUUGCAUUCGCUGCCCUCGUUGCCGUGGCCAUCGCUGGCCCAGUGCGUAUCGAUGACUCGCAAAUGCAAGCCAUCAUAAACGCCAUCAACAGCCCACACACCGACCCCGCUACUGCUGCACUGCUUCAAGACCAACUUGAUGCGAUCCUCGACUCCAUCAAACCUAUUCCUGUUGAAGUUGGACCCGCAAUCGUUGAUGAAUACGAACCCAUCUCUGUUGGACCCGCUAUUAUUGAUGAAUACGAACCGAUCUCUAUUGGACCCGCUAUUAUCGACGAAUACGAACCCAUCUCCGUCGGGCCAGCUCUGAUCGACGGACCCAUUCCCGACCCUGCUGCUGUAUCUGGCACCCCCCUCGUUCAAGUCAUCGUCAACGUCAAUACUCCAUCAAAACCAGUUGAGGAUAUUUCAACCGGCCCAGCUUUGAUUGACUUCGAUCCGGCUCCCAUUCAACCUGAUCCCGUGAUUGUGGUGGACCACCCGGAACUUGAGCCUGCUCAGAUCGGCCAACCCGUCCUCCCAGUUCCCGCUUUACCUAUUCCUGAAAACGCUAACUAAAUACUUCAACAACCUUAUGAUCUGUUUUCGACUCUAAUUGGGUGCAAUUUGAUUGUGAUGUGGAUUUGAUAUUAUAUUAUUUAAAAUUA